UGGUAUUAAUAUCUCCCGGCUGGUAACGCAACUUGUCCGCAACUCCAUUCACCCUGAAAGGGGCGAGAAAACAUAGCUGUGUUUUGUUUUCUCUGCUCUCGCGUUCUCAAUGUGAUUAGGCAAGCAAAGGGCGCCGACCGUUCUGAAGUCGAGAAACGCUAAAAAAAAUAAACAAGUGCCUUCCCACUGCGAUGUGCAAACCAAGCAGCGCUACCAUAUCGCGGGCAACCGUGGCGGAGGAGGUUAUGGCCGCCGUCGUCGACGCCGCGCCGCUGUAUACGCUUCUUCCCAUUUCGAAUAAGUGGAAGAAGAAGACAAUCCUGACGGAGGAAAUGAACAAGCUUCUUCCCCUGCCAUCAGUUUCAGAAGCAAUAAAGGAGGCAGCUUUACUUUUUCAUCUCUCGUUUCCCAUCGCUCUCACUGCGCUUUUCCUCUACUCCCGCUCAAUCGUAUCCAUGCUCUUUCUUGGACUUCUUGGAAACCUUCCGCUAGCCGCCGGAUCGAUGGCCGUCGCCUUUGCGAACAUCACAGGAUACUCUGUUCUCUCUGGGCUAUCUCUUGGGAUGGAACCUCUCUGUUCUCAGGCGUUCGGAGCUAACCAACAUAAGCUUCUUUCCCUCACGCUAUACCGCUCUAUUCUUUUCUUACUCUGUUCCUCGAUACCAAUCUCGUUUCUUUGGAUAUAUAUGUCAGAAAUCCUUCGUUUCCUUGGCCAGGAUCCGGAAAUUAUUGCGUUAGCUCAAACCUACAUCCUUUUCUCCCUCCCCGACCUCUUCUCCUUCUCCCUCAUCCACCCGAUCCGCAUCUUCCUUCGUUCGCAAGGCAUCACACGUCCUCUCACCUUAGCCACCGCCCUCGCUGCCGCCGUCAACCUCCCAACGAGCCUUGUGCUGGUUAAAUAUUUCCGCCUAGGUGCUGCCGGUGUGGCCGCUGCCUCCGCUAUCUCCAACCUUACCCUUCUUCUUUUCCUUUGCUUCUACCUCCGGUUCGGCUACUGCGGGUUCAGUCUCGGCCCGCCAACCAUUGAGUGGGCCAGCGAGUGGGGCCCGCUUGCGCGUCUUGCGGCGCCCAGCUGCGUCUCUGUCUGCCUCGAGUGGUGGUGGUACGAGCUCAUGAUUCUUCUCUGCGGACUGCUUCCAAAUCCCAAGCCAGCCGUCGCAUCCAUCGGAGUUUUGAUUCAAACCACUUCUCUACUUUAUGUCUUCCCUUCGUCACUAGGGUUCGGCGUAUCAACAAGAGUAGGGAACGAGCUCGGGGCGAACAGGCCGGCAAAGGCCCGGUUGACAGCGGCUGUAGCAGUGGUUGUAGCAGCCGUAAUGGGUCUUGCGGCAAUGGGCUUUACUACAGGAAUAAGGGAUAAAUGGGGAAGAAUGUUCACGAACGACGGCGAGAUCCUCCGGCUGACAGAAGCGGCGCUGCCCAUUGUCGGGUUAUGCGAACUGGGCAACUGCCCUCAGACGGUGGGUUGUGGUGUGCUGCGCGGGAGCGCCAGGCCAACUCAUGCGGCCCACGUUAACUUAGGUGCUUUUUAUCUUGUCGGCAUGCCGGUUGCUGUUGGGUUGGGCUUUGGGCUUGGAGUAGGGUUUUGUGGCUUGUGGAUGGGAUUACUUGUGGCCCAGAUUUGUUGUGCUGGUCUCAUGCUUUAUGUGGUAUGGAACACGGAUUGGGAGGCGCAAGCCCGUCGGGCACAGAUAUUGACGUGCGCCGCCGCUGCUGCCGCUGUUCGGCUACCGGCCGGCGAGUCGGAGAUGGAGAACGGAACAGAAGAGAAGUGUUUAGAGCCGUUAGUUUCGAUCAAGGUUGCUGAGUUUGAGAGCUGAACUUGUGGUUAAUUAACUUCAUUUGGUUGCUAUGUGAAAACUGGUCAUUUUUUUUCCAGCAUUUUUUUUGGGCGGUCCGUAAUUGGAUAGAUUUCUACUGAUUAAUUUGGUGCUGGGAGUUUUUUUUUUUUUUUGUAAUUGCGUUUUUGUUAUUUCUAUUUUCUAUUUCUAUUUUGCGCUCGAGGAAGAUACGGAGAGGAUUUGGGGAGAGGGAAGAAAGGUCCCUUUUUUUUUCACUUUGUAUGUUUGUACUUUAUGUAUGCUAAAUAUAU